AUGACCGCCCUGAUCAAGGUCGGAAGUGAUUUUACUCCAUUACCACCGUCGGGUAUAUCUACUCCUAUCUGGCCAUGGGUACUAUGGAAUUUAUGGAAGUCUAGAAACAAAUUGAUGUUUGAGAACAGAGCCUUCACAGUCCAGGAAACAGUUCUUAAAUGCAUUCUAGAUGCCAAGGAAUGGAGUACAGGACACAACACCCCGCAGCAGGGCUUAGCAAGGCCGAUGCCCUCGUCAUCGGUUCGUCUUUCUCACCCACCAUCGUUGUCACCAGAGAUUCUAGUGUGUAGUGUGGAUGUUGCUUGGAGCGCUGAAACCAGAAGGUGUGGUGUUGGAGGAGUCUUCUCUGGGAAUAAUCAUCUGUCUCUACCGACCCUUAGUGAAUCAAGAAACUCAGUAUCAUCAGCUCUUAUGGCAGAAGCCAUUGCUGUCCGUCUCGCUGUCCUUACAGCAGUCUACUCAAACGUCUGA